CAGGGGGUCAAGAAUGUGCAGCUUGAAAACCAGGCACUGAAGGAAAGACUCCGCAUUGUGGAGGAACAGAAUAAGAUACUAUCAGCCAAUAAGGGUCGCCGCAAGAAGGACAAUGCGGUUGCUGAAGACAUUCUGGCCUUCGAAGCAGAACUCAAGGUCUGUGCAAAACGAUACGGUCUCAUGGUCAAUAUGUUCCCUCUGCCAGCAGCCCUGCUCAAAACAACACUUCCUGACCCUGCACCAUCAUUCAAUACGGCUGCUCGGUAUGCUACUACAGGUUCGCAGGAGAUUGCAGUUCUGGCAGAAUUGUACGACAUGCUCCCCCAGCACCUGCAUCACCUGGUGCCGAUGAAUCGGUUUUCGAACGUGUUCUCCAAGGCAGUCUGUGCUGGUCGUGCCUCCGAGCUUAACAAGCUCAGGAGUGCCGCUGGUCAGAUUUUCGAGCUUCCUCAGCGUUACUUCGCCAUCUCAUAUGCUCGCGACACAGAAACUGAGAUUCGCCAGCUACUUGGCACCACUGGCAAAGCCGGCAAGUCAUAUCUGACUCUGCCACCUAUGUUGUUUCCAGGGAAUAUUGUCGACCGCAGUCGUAAAACACUGUUUGGUAACUGGCAACUUAUUGCUAAGACACUGAGCUGCUGCCUUAAGGGCAGGACAUCACUCUCCAAUGAGAGUAGACAACAGGGCGGUGCUCCACCCAACGCAGUUAAGUGGGGCAUCACAGCAGUAACACCUGGGGCUGUGGCUUGGGCUAUUGUUGCAAACAUAUUUCUAUUAUCACCCGACCAGGAAUUUCCCCAAGAAGGCAAAGGGAAGACCUCCAGAAUCAACUACGGCAUGAUCUUUAUGUUCUUUAAAGAACUGCUGAUCUGUGACUGGGAGAAGCCUCGCCUGAAGACGAUCAUCAAGCAUAUCAAUACCUUCGUUUUC